AUGUCAACCUUAAAACAACCCCAGGGCCACGCAUACGGACACCUCCUCCCCCCAUCCUGGAAAGUUAAAAUCUCCGAAUGGCUCAAAGAAGAUUGCCCAUCCUUCGACUGGGGAGGAUACGUCGUCGGCGAGGAUAACAAGCGUGCCACUCUCUGGUGCAAGUCCGAAGGGUGCCUCGCCGGCGUGCCCUUUUUCGAUGAAGUGUUUAAGCAGCUCGAUUGCAAGGUCGAAUGGCACUACAAUGAGGGUGAUUGGCUUUCCUCUCCCAAUGGUGGAGGCAAGGUUAAGAUUGCGGUUGCAACCCUCACUGGUCCUUCACGCAAGAUUUUGCUGGGUGAGAGGGUAGCGCUGAACACCCUGGCCAGAUGUUCAGGAAUUGCAACUGCGUCGACUAAUUUCCUCCAACGAGCACGGGAGGGUGGGUAUAAGGGAAUUGUCGCAGGUACAAGAAAGACUACGCCUGGAUUCAGGGAUGUGGAGAAAUAUGGAAUGUUAGUUGGAGGUGUAGACAUGCAUAGGUACGAUUUGAGCAGUAUGGUUAUGCUCAAAGACAAUCAUAUAUGGUCGACUGGGUCGGUGACGAAUGCUGUCCACGCUGCGAGGUCUGUUUGCGGGUUUUCGCUACGCAUUGACGUAGAGGUGCAGAGCUAUGAUGAGGCGGUAGAGGCGAUCAAAGCGGGUGCGGAUGUGAUUAUGUUGGAUAACAUGCAAGGCGAGACGCUGAUUAGUAAUGCAAAGAGAUUGAAGGACGAGUUUAGUGGACAGCACAAGUUUUUGUUGGAAUCGAGCGGCGGUAUUGAUAUUGAUAAUGUGAGGGAUGGAGGGCACGUUGAUAACUCAAUCGACAUCAUCUCAACGUCAAGCAUUCACCAAUCGACAAAGCACGUCGACUUUUCGCUCAAGAUCGAUCCUUCUUCCUAG